AUUAUGGAUAUCGUAAGCUCCGCACUGGGAUGUUGUACCCCAUAUGUAGUCGAUCCUAUCGCAGCUAAGUUUCGGGUAUUACGAAACCUAAGGGAGAACAUUGAAGAACUAGGAAAGACAACAGGGAAGUUGGAUGCCAGGAGAAGGGACGAACGACGAAAACUUGAAGUAGCAAUGAACCAGGAAGGAGUAGUAGCAUCAGCAGAGGCAGAUCUAUGGUUCAGUCAAGUCGAUGAUGCUCUAUCCAACGCCAACAACCUACGAAUUGAGUACCAGCAAAGAAGAGGCUCAUGUCCUAACUGCUUCUGCUGGUCAAGCUAUGAGCCGAGCAAAAGAGUGUUGAAGGUCAAGCAAGAUGUUGACAAGUUGUAUGGAGAAGACCCAAGAUCUGGUUGGACUGUGGCUCCACCCCGGCCGAUAGGGAGGAAUAUGAAUAUUGUUUCUAUCGAGGGACAAACAGCGACAAAGAAAUUAAAGGGUGAGAUCAUCGAUGCUGUGAUCGAUGAUAGGUGCGUUGUUGUUGGGUUGUACGGUAUGGGAGGUAUAGGCAAAACUACAAUCUUACGACACGUCCAUGCGCAUUUUAGAAAGACCAAUCACUUUGAAUCCGUGAUAUUCACUACUGUCUCUUUCGCACCAAAUUUUGAUGAAAUACGAAAACAGAUUGCUGAAUGCUUUGGUUUGAAAAAUUGGCAAGAUGACAAUGAUCUAAAAGACAAAUUGUCUCGUCAAACAAGGAAGUAUAUGUUGAUGUUAGAUGACAUAUGGGAGCCAGUUGAUCUUGAAGAAAUUUACAUUCCUAUGCCAAAGAAGGGGAGCGGCUGCAAAAUAUUAACUGCAUCUCGAUCAAAAGCAGUGGUUACAAGGUUUGUGACUCGCUUUGAAACAAAAGAUGUUUUACGAUUGAUUCGAGUGAACAAACUCCAACCAGACGAAGCAUGGAAUCUUUUUGUUAAAAAAACUGGUGAGGACAUUACCUCCCGACCAGCAAUAGAACCCCUUGCCAAGGAGGUUCUUAAAAAAUGUGAUGGAUUGCCGUUAGCCAUCAUUGUUAUUGGUGGUACAAUGUCAACUAGGGAAACAGAGGGAGAAUGGAAAGACGCUAUUCGUGAAUUGGGGCAGACAUCCUCAAAUCUUGAAGGUAUGGAAGAAGUUUUCUCAAUUCUCAUGUAUAGUUUUGAAAAAUUAGAACAAAUCGAACAAUCCCUCUUCCUGUAUUGCUGUCUAUUUCCCGAGGAUUACUUUAUUAGAAAAGAUGAAUUAGUUGAUUUUGUUAUUUGUGAAGAAACUCUAUCCGAGUUACAUCGACUAGAAGAGAUGAAAUGCCACCCCAAGUUCAUUGCAAAGGCUAGUGAUGGAAUAAUUGAGGCACCUGAUACCUCAGAAUGGCACAAAGCAACUAAGAUUUCAUUGAUGAAGAAUUAUCUGAUGGAAUCAUUACCUCAAUUGCUAGAUCAAUGUCCACGACGGCACACAUUGGUCCUUUCACAUAUUUAUCAUAUCGAGUACAUACCCCAAGUGCACUUCCUUGACCACAUGCCUGUACUUCGGAUACUAGAUUUGAGCAAUUGUCUAAUGCUAAAAACUUUGCCAUCUUCAAUAUCCCAUCUUGUCAAUCUCCGUGUGUUGCGAUUACGUGGUUGUAUGGAACUACAAAAUUUACCCCCUGAAAUUGGAAUGUUGGUUCAACUCAUACUGUUAGACUUGUUUGACUGCUACAACUUAAGAGAACUACCAGUGCAGAUGAACAGGUUGAACAAUUUAAGGAGUCUGGACAUCGAGUACACUACAAUGCUCAAGAGGAUACCACGUACGGUGUUAUCUGUAUUGGAUAAACUAGAGGAGUUGAACACUAUCGAUAGCGGGUUAAAAUGGUCCACCAAUGGCGUAGAGGAAUUGUCCCAAUUGACUCGCUUGACAAAUAUCAGCACUGGAAUAAGGAAAACGAGUGUUCUCCGUGGGUUUAAGCCAGUAUUAGCUCAUUCUAAAUGCAUCCGUAAAUUACACCUGCAGAAUUGUACUAUCGAUCCUUCAAUUUUGUCGGAUCUACUAGAUUUGAAUGGAAUUUUGAAAUUCAUGUCAUGUGAGGGUUUGACAAGUGUUCCAACCCAUGCCGUUGAAAGCCUAGAAGUACGAGAUUGUCCAGAUCUCAGGACAUUACUGAUUGUAGAGAAAGUGGAAAGGAAUGCAGCAUUUGAAACCUUAAAAUAUUUAAAACUUGAUCGAUUAGAUCAAUUGGAGACAAUAUGUUGUGGGGUUCCAAAGCCUGGGUGCUUUUCUAAUCUGGAACAAAUACUAAUAAAGGCAUGUCCCAAUCUGAAGGUGCUUUUCACUAAGGGUGUAACACGGCUGCUACAAAAGCUGAAGUGGUUAAAGGUGUAUCGAUGUCCUCAAUUGGUGAAGAUAGUAUCAGAUGAGGAGGACGACGACUUGGAAAUCAAUGCAUUUCCAAGUUUAAAGGAAAUGCAUUUAUGUGAGCUACCAGAAUUGACAGCCAUUUGCGAUCUGGAUUUGAAUUGGCCAUCUCUCACUGGAGUGCAUGUUUAUCUUUGUCCUAAGUUGAGGAGACCCCCGUUUGGAGUCCAACAUGCAAAUAUAUCGUUGAAUGAUGAAAUCAGCGGCGAGGUGACAGACUCAUAUCUUCGCCUACUGAGAUUGGAGGAAAGAAGAGAAGAACAAGAAAAGCAGAGAAAGGAUGAAGAUGAUAAUGAUGAUGAAGAAGAAGAAGAAGAAGAGCUAAUUUCAUCCUGA